AUGGUUGGUAACACUGGACCGAAAGGCGGGGUUGGAGAUACAGGAGUACAAGGUAUAUCUGGUGUACAGGGUACGAAAGGAGAUACAGGAUCGAUGGGAAAUACAGGCAUUCAAGGUACCAAAGGUGAUACUGGAGUUCAGGGGCUUACCAGCUCAGUAGGCGACACUGGCUCAAAGGGCGAGAUAGGUAGUUCAGGGUCUCGAGGACAGACAGGAGAGAGCGGUGUCGCAGGUUCCUCAGGGGUCGAGGGAAAUACUGGUGCUACUGGAGAUAUGGGAUCUACUGGACCAACAGGAUCAACAGGAGUGAUUGGAAACACUGGUGUGAAGGGAGACACUGGAAAUACUGGACCACAGGGAACUGUGGGAGACACUGGAGUCAAAGGAGACCAAGGCAUCGUUGGAAACACUGGUAUGGUCGGAUUAUGA